CAUCAGCUGUAGCAGUUCUUGUUGUUGAAGAAAACCGGGAGACUAGUGAAAGGGUGUCUCUGUUUUCUGUUGGGCAAGUUCUUCCCAUAAGGUAGUCUUAAGAAGAACUACCAAAGCAACUACUUCACUAAAAAAAUAAAAAGUCUCCAAUUUCCCGCUACCCCGCUUUGAGUUCUAUCAGAUUUUCUUCUGGUCUUUUUCAUGGGGAAGAAACAGCACUUGGAUUGGACUUCAAAGUCCAUUUCUAGUUCUGGCAGUAAUAGGGUCCCUCUUUUGUACAAGGAGAAAAGUAAGCAGGCAAAUGACCACCAGUCACCUAAUGGUACUGUGUCAGACCUUGAGCAAGGCGAUGCAGCAGAGGUAGCCAAUGUCGGAUUUUGCAGAGUAUUUUCACUGGCAAAGCCAGAUGCUGGGAAGAUAAUUGUUGGCACCAUUGCAUUAUUGAUAGCGUCUACAUCAAAUCUCUUGAUUCCUAAAUAUGGUGGAAUGAUUAUAGACAUUGUGUCAAGAGAUAUAAGGACACCUGAACAGCAAUCAGAUGCUUUGAAAGCCGUCAAGGACACUGUGAUAUACAUUGUGCUGAUAGUUGUAGUAGGGUCUUUGUGCACAACACUUCGAGCGUGGUUGUUUUCUUCUGCCAGUGAAAGGGUUGUAGCUCGCCUGAGGAAAGACUUAUUCAGUCACCUUAUUCAACAGGAAAUAGCCUUUUUUGAUGUUACUCGAACAGGUGAACUCCUCAGCAGGCUAUCUGAGGACACCCAGAUCAUUAAAAAUGCAGCAACAACCAAUCUUUCAGAGGCACUCCGGAAUCUAACAACUGCCUUUAUUGGUGUUGGCUUCAUGUUUUCAUCAUCCUGGAAAUUAACACUGCUAGCCUUGGCAGUAGUACCAGUAUUUUCUGUUGCUGUACGAAAAUUUGGGCGGUAUCUUAAAGAACUUUCACACACAACCCAAGCUGCAGCUGCAGUAGCUGCCUCAAUUGCUGAGGAAUCUUUUGGAGCCAUUCGAACAGUUAGAUCAUUUGCUCAGGAAAGUUAUGCAAUAUCGAAUUACUCUGAAAAAGUUGACGAGACACUGAAUCUUGGACUUAAACAAGCUAAAGUAGUUGGCCUAUUCUUUGGAGGACUAAACGCUGCAUCCACGUUGUCUGUUAUAAUAGUGGUGAUUUAUGGUGCCUACUUGACAAUAAUGGGAUUUAUGACUGCGGGUUCCCUGACAUCCUUCAUCCUUUAUAGUCUCACAGUUGGAUCUGCAGUUUCCUCUUUAUCAGGAUUAUAUACAACUACCAUGAAAGCUGCAGGGGCAAGUAGGAGGGUUUUCCAGCUCUUAGAUCGUGUCUCAAGCAUGCCAAAAUCAGGAGACAAGUGCCCAGAGGGAAAUCCAGAUGGAGAUGUAGAAUUAAAUGAUGUCUGGUUUGCUUAUCCUUCUCGACCAAGUCAUAUGGUACUUAAGGGAAUAACGUUAAAAUUGAAACCUGGUUCAAAAGUUGCGCUUGUUGGACCAAGUGGUGGUGGAAAAACCACAAUAGCAAACUUAAUUGAGAGGUUCUACGACCCUCUGAAGGGAAAGAUUUUGUUAAAUGGGGUUCCUUUAGUGGAAAUAUCACAUGAAUUUCUGCACAGAAAGGUAAGUAUAGUCAGCCAGGAACCUGUGCUUUUCAAUUGUUCUAUAGAGGAGAACAUUGCCUAUGGUUUCAAUGGCAAAGCCAGCAGUGCUGAAAUAGAAUCAGUAGCUAAAAUGGCUAAUGCUCAUGAUUUCAUAGAAAAGUUUCCUGAUAAGUAUCAAACAGUUGUUGGAGAACGUGGUUUGAGGCUCUCAGGAGGCCAGAAACAAAGAGUAGCAAUUGCAAGAGCACUAUUAAUGAAUCCAAAAGUUUUGCUGUUGGAUGAAGCCACAAGUGCUCUGGAUGCUGAGAGUGAGUACCUUGUUCAGGAUGCUAUGGAUUCAUUGAUGAGGGGUAGGACUGUUCUGGUCAUAGCACACAGGCUUUCAACAGUCAAAAGUGCAGACAGUGUGGCCGUUAUAUCUGAUGGUCAAAUAGCUGAGAGUGGCACCCAUGAAGAGCUUCUCAGCGAGGAUGGUAUCUACACUGCCCUUGUGAGGAGGCAACUGCAAGGAUCAAACACCAAAGUCUAGUUCCAAAUGGUCAAACAAUGUCCAUAUAUUUUGUCUUGAUUAUCCUAAAAUAUUUUUCUGUCUUUUAACAUACUUCUCGGCUACUUGUCAAAUGUUACAAUAGCAAAGGGAAAUAUCCCGUUUAUCAGAUAGCAUGUUUUAGAGGAAACAGGCAAAUAAAUCUGAGAUGAAGGGAAAAAGAAUGUCCACAUUCUGCAGAAUACAUUUUCAACAAAAAGUUGAUUUAUAUAACCAUCCUGCUUCCUUGAAACAA